UAUCAUUCGAUAGAAAAGAUCGACUAUUGUGUUCGCUUAUCGGUCGCACGUCGAGAUGGGAGGUGCCGAUAUUCUACUUACCUGGAUGCUGCUAUGCAGUGCUACAGUUGCCCAACUAGCUAGGCAGCCUGAUGUCGCUGCUCAAUACUUCGCGCAACAGCAACGAACCCUGGGAACAUCCCAAGGUGAUGAUACAAGUUCUUCGUCCAACUUUCGCGGCUUCCAACUGUGGAGCGAAAAUAACAAACUACAUGCCAGAACGCUCUCAAAGCUCAGCCCGUCAUGCAGGGCAUCGAUGACACAGAAAAUUCACUGUCACGCGAAGACGCGAUCCUUGCAACGGCAGUGGGCGCGUUGGCAGCAGGGUCCGGGUCUGGAAAACGACACGCUUAGCGAUCUUGUCUGUGACAGCGGGUGCGGGGAGUCCCUCGCCACGUGGUUUCUGAAUGUCGAGCGCGAUUGCGCCACGUUGGAGGAGAGGAUGCUUUUUCCAACCCUGCGGGGUGGACAGCUGUGGGCGGGUUGGAACGAGACUUGUCUUCGGGAUGAGGGAACAGGGAGGUACUGUGGUGAUGUUAUCAACGGCUUGAGCAAAUCCUUAAUCGAUGAAAUGCCGAUUGAAGAACUCUGCUCCUUCUGCAACGUGCAAUGGCAUCGUGUCAUGCAAACGUCACCCUUCUCACUCUACGACAAAAACUACAAAUCGCGCCUCGAACACAUCAACCGUGCCUGUGAUCUCAACCUUCCCACAGCCAUCCCGAAGCUCGUGCUCUCCGAGGAUCCGCAUAUAGACCGGGACCCAUACUGUGCGACCCUUCUUUCAUACACCACCUCACCAGGGGACACAUGCGACAGCAUUGCGGCGCAAUUCCAGGUUGCCUCGGCGGCUGUUCGAGCCGUGAGCUGGCCGCUCAUCGACUGUUUCGCGAUUCCCGAGGGUAUGAGGUUGUGCACUCCGUUCAGGUGUAAGACCCAUACCCUCAGGGAUGGGGAUACGUGCGACUCAAUCGAGCGCGAGCUUGACUUGAAACCCUGGCUUGGAGUUUCGGCAAUCCGGGCGUAUAAUCACUGGGUGAAUCAGGAUUGCUCCAAUCUGCAUGAGGCGAGUGAUGCUCUUUUCGGGCAUGUUAUCUGUGUUGGCCCAACGGGUCAGUCAAUCCUGGACGAGUGA